AUGUUUGACUUGAAGACAGAAUGGAGUAUCUCUUUUGCGGGAUGCGGGUUCAUGGGGAUUUAUUACAUCGGUGCCACGAGUUGCAUCCUUGAACGCUUCCCUCGCCUGAUUCAAGACGCCUCGAAAAUCUAUGGCGCGUCUGCAGGUGCGCUGAUGACGGCGAUCCUGACUGUAGGAUUUUCCGUAGAAAAAAACUGUGCUGAUUUGAUGUCCAUGGCUAAAGAGGCCAGAAAACAUAAACUUGGACCCCUUCAUCCAGCUUUUAACCUGAUAAAGAUAGUACAUGACUCCCUGCUCCAAAACCUGCCAGAAGAUGCUCAUGUCCGUGCCUCUGGAAAACUGUGCAUCUCUCUCACCAGAGUGUCCGACAGGAAGAACGUUCUUGUUUCCGAGUUUGAAACCAGAGACGAACUCAUUCAGGCCCUCGUAUGCAGUUGCUUCAUCCCAUUUUAUUGUGGGGUCAUUCCACCCACUUAUCGCGGAGUGCAUUAUAUAGAUGGUGCCAUCAGCAACAACCUACCCCACUGUCACCUUAAGAACACAAUCACGUUCUCUGCAUUUACUGGAGAGAGCGAUAUCUGCCCACGGGCGAGCACACUCAACUUUCAUGAGGUGCGCUUCAACAAUGUCAGCAUCCAAGUCGACACAGACAACAUAUUCAGGGUGACUAGCUCCUUCUUCCCCCCGGAGCCUGAGACAAUGGCUGAAAUCUGCCAAAGUGGCUACAUAGAUGCCUUACGUUUCCUCCAAGAGAAUGGGUUCAUCAGUAGAGAGUGUCCCUCGACCAGUUUGGAGGUGGACAAUCACAGACUUGCAUGUUGUGAGCUGGUGAGUGAUUCACCCAAAACUGAAGAGAUGGACUCCAGAGCAAACCCCCUGCACAAUGGACCCAACCCAAUUCAGCGACAGCACUGGUGGCUGGACCCCUAUGUCAUACAGGACCUCCCAGUUAAUAUCAAAAAGGUGCUAUGUGAGGCAUGUAGGGAGAGACAUGCUGGUGGCAGUCUGUUGUCCCAGGUUAUCGAGUUCCUGCCAGUCAAAGUUGCCUCCUACCUGCAGGUCCCCUGUACACUGCCUGUGGCUUCAGCCAGCUCACUGGCCCAAAGGCUAGUUGGCUGGAUCCCAGAUGUGUCCAGGGACAUGAGUUGGCUGUAUGACAUGGCUGGAGACCUCUACAAGCAAGUAUGGAAGGACGAAGCAGAGGACUAUGACAUUGGACCCCCACUGCGCAGGUGUACAAGCCUGCCAUCAGGCCUUGACCUUAGAAAUUGGGGUGAGGUUGAGAUGAACAUUCAUCCUUUGACCCCAGAAGCCACUUCGUCCAACAGCUACACCUUCCCCUGGGAGACUGGUGACAACGCCCAACAACUGGACCACCUGCCUUUGACUCCACCUCCUACACCUAUCUCCAAACCCAGGGCUGGUUUUGGUGAGGAAGCCUUUCUGUCCCCUCCCAGCACAGGUGUGGAGGUGUUCGUGGAAGAGCCGGGUCUUUAG